UAGCUCUCGGUCAGCGUCGCCCGUGAGCCCGACAGGGUCCGCGCAAGCGCCAUCUUCAUCCUGUUUAUAGCGGGAGCAGCGGGCCGGGAGGCCGGCCACGGCAGCAGCGGGACAGGCGCCGGGCUGCCCCUGCACAGCCCUCGCCUCCCAGCUGCGCUCUGCCCUGCGCUCAGCCAGCCCAGCUGCACCUGCACGGCCUGACUGCACCAUCCCGAGAUGGCAGAAGGCAGGCGCGACCCCCAGCCCGGGGACCUGAUCGAGAUCGAACGGACAUUUUAUGACCACUGGGCGGUCUACGUAGGGGAUGACUUUGUCAUCCACGUGACAGAUGAAGGAGCCUCACCUAUUUUGGCUAGCAGCACAUCAGUAUGUGCCGGAAAAGCCAAGGUGAAGAAGGAGAUCCUGAGGGAAGUGGUGAAAAAUGAUAACUGGCGUGUCAACAACAAGUAUGACCGCUCCCGCACUCCUCGCCCAGUGAAGGAGAUCAUCCGGCGUGCUGAGCAAUGGAUUGGCGUGGAGGUGCCAUAUGAUGUGCUUAACAGCAACUGUGAGCACUUUGUCACAGAGCUCCGCUACGGUGAAGCACUCUGUGAGCAGGUCGAAGAAGCAUUUAAUGACGGUGUUACAGCAGCAGCCCUAGGUAUUUUGGCUGGUGUUGCCGCUUUUGCUGCGAGGGCACUGCUCAGGAGAUAGUGCUACUGAUUGCUUGUCAGGAACAGCUCGGAGCAACGCAGGCGGUGAUCCUGGCAUCAGUGGUCGCUGGUCAGCGUUGGCUAUACCUGUCCUCAAGGCUUUCUAGAAACAGUGUACAAUUGGUGUAAACAUUGAAUAAACCUCGAGAAAAAUUCUGAAA